AUGUUAUUCCCGGAGUUCAUUGAAGGAGUUGGCAAUGAGGUCUUAGUAUGCGCACUGACACUGGGCGGAAUACUUUUCUGUGUUGGCACACGUUUGUAUAAUAAUGGUAUCAGAGUGGCUCGAUCCCAGACCCAGGUUCAGUCGCAAUCUACCAAUUCGAAUUCAAAUUUAACGGAAACUGCAGAUGCUACAAGCCCCAAUGAAAAUGUGGAUGAUUACCACAUCGGAGUUCUAGAUACUGAAUACAUGGAAUUACUGAGAGACUCUAAUUAUAAUAUAGAUAGUGGUAAGUCGGACAUUCUGGUAAUGAUUUUAUAUUAUGUUGAAGAAAGCGCUGAUGCGCAUACAUCUAAUCGAGAUAAGAAAAGGGCUUUGGAAGAGGUCAGAGACUCGGGAAAUAUUGUCAUUCGCCUUCAAUAUCUCAAUGAUCAUGUUCGUUAUGUUCAUGCACCUCCGGAUAUGCCUGUCGCCGUAUUUAAAAAGAAGUUUUUCGCCGACGAACUGGAACGCCAGAACAAGAGUGUGCGUCUGAUCUUCCAGGGUCGUGAACUGAAGCUCAACAGUCCCGAGAAUCCUACUAAACGCUGUCUUCGGGACUAUGGGGUGUCUGACAACUCCACCAUUCACUGUCUAAUUAGCGAUGCUCUCCCUAGACCCACUGGCAAUCCAAAUGGUCAACAGGAUCCCUCAUCCACAACAACGGGGCGCACAUUCUAUCGCACCAAUAUGAUUGGGGGCACUGAAGAUAUUGAUUUUGGAAGUCAUGCAUUGAUGCCUCUUUUAGCAUUUCUUCUCAUCUCCGCUUGGCUUUUCCGCUUGACGCACUCGGAAUACUUUAGUUUACUCUCAACAGUUGCACUAAUUUGCCUUUCAGCGGUGUUUCUUGGCGCGGUGUACAGUUCUGUCUAUAACUCGAAUGACCGGUCAGUUCCUCUCGUGGACAGGUCGUCGUCGUCAUCAUCAAUUGCAGCUGGUGAUGCUAUGAGAUCUUCUUGA